GGGGGGUGCACGCCGUGGGUGCAGCCGGACAGUCACACCGGACCGCCGGAGGGGGGGUUCGCAUGAGGUGGAUGAUCGGUGUGCUCGUCUUUAGAAAUCCGGCCAACUUUUCCUCCUUGUAACGGCGGCGGUGCCACGGGGCAUUGCUCAGGAGAUGGCGAUGAGGUUGUUCUUUUUGGGAUGUAUGCUCUGCCUGGAGAUCAUAUCUCCUAACGGUGCCUUCGAAGCUCCCAAGACCUGCAGCCCGAAGCAGUUUUUAUGUAAGGACCAGCACACCUGUAUCUCCAAAGGUUGGCGCUGUGACGGGGAGAAGGACUGUCCAGACGGCUCUGAUGAAUCACCAGAUAUUUGCUUACACAACAGAGUGAACCAGUGUCCUGUUAACGAGCACGGCUGCCUGGACCUUGACGUGUGCAUUCAUAUGAGCAAGUUGUGUGAUGGGAACUCUGACUGUUCUGACGGCUGGGAUGAGGGCCCUCACUGCAGAGAAGACGCACCUGCCUGUGCCUCCCAUGGGUGCCAGUUUCACUGCGCCGUGACUCACGAUGGGCCUAAGUGCUACUGUGACAGUGGCUACGAGGUUGCUGCAGAUGGCAAGACGUGUAAAGAUUUCAACGAGUGUAACGUGUAUGGGACGUGCAGUCAGACGUGCACAAAUAAGCAGGGCUCGUACACCUGCAGCUGUGUGGAGGGCUACCUGCUGCAACCAGACAAUCGCUCCUGCAAAGCCAAAAAUGUCCCAGUGGAUCGUCUGCCGAUGUUGUUGAUCGCCAACCUCCAGGACAUCCGCUGCACCUCCCUGAGUGGUUCCACAUCUCGGUUACCCUCCAUCGCUACCAAACAGGCCAUGGCGAUGGAUUUCAUCUACGCCGAGGAGACUGUCUGCUGGAUAGAUGUGGGUGACACCCCGGCUGCCACCCAGCUGAAAUGCGCCAACAUUCUUGACCUCAAAAGUGUUACUAACAUCCGUACCAUCAACAUCUCUCUCAGCCUUCACCAUGUGGAACAAAUGGCUAUCGACUGGUUAACCGGAAACUUCUACUUUGUGGACGAUGUGGACGACCGCGUGUUUGUCUGCAAUAAGAAUGGCCAGACAUGUGUGACCCUACUGGAUCAAGAGUUGUACAACCCUAAAGGCAUCACCUUGGACCCGGCUAUGGGCAAAGUGUUCUUUACAGACUACGGGUCAACUCCAAGAGUGGAGCGCUGUGACAUGGACGGUCAGAACCGCACAAAACUGGUGGACAGUAAGAUCGUCUUCCCUCAUGGAAUCACCUUGGAUUUAGUCAACCGGUUGGUGUACUGGGCUGAUGCCUACCUGGACUAUAUUGAAGUGGUCGACUAUGAGGGAAGGAACAGGCACACCAUCAUCCAGGGCCUGCUGAUUGAGCACUUAUAUGGGCUGACUGUAUUUGAGAACUACCUGUAUGCUACAAACUCAGAUGAAGGCAACCUCAACCCCAAGACCAGCGUGAUCCGAGUGAACCGCUUCAACAGCUCAGACUUCCAGGUGGUCACGCGGGUCGACCGAGGUGCUGCACUGCACGUCUACCACCAGAGGCGGCAGCCUCAAGUGCGCAGUCAUGCAUGUGCCCUUGAUCAGUUUGGGAAGGCUGGCGGUUGCUCUGACAUCUGUUUGUUGAGCAACAGUCACAAGACUCGUACCUGCCGCUGUCGCUCCGGAUUCAGCCUCGGAAGUGAUGGCAAGUCCUGCAAGAAGCCAGAUCAUGAGUUGUUUUUGGUGUACGGUAAGGGUCGUCCUGGAAUUAUCAGGGGUAUGGACAUGAAUGCCAAGGUACCUGAUGAGUACAUGAUUCCCAUUGAGAACCUGAUGAACCCCAGAGCUCUAGAUUUCCAUGCUGCUACUGAAUUCAUCUACUUUGCUGAUGCAACCAGUUACAUUAUUGGCCGACAGAAGAUAGACGGCACAGAGAGAGACACCAUACUAAAGGAAGGUAUCCACACAGUGGAAGGCAUAGCAGUAGACUGGAUGGGCAGUAAUCUGUACUGGACAGAUGAUGGACCUAAGAAGACUAUCAGUGUUGCAAAGCUGGAGAAGGCCUCCCAGACACGCAAGACACUGAUUGAGGGCAAAAUGACUCACCCCCGUGCUAUUGUGGUGGACCCUCAGCAUGGGUGGAUGUACUGGACUGACUGGGAGGAGGACCCCUCAGAGAGCAACAGAGGAAAGAUCAAGAAAGCUUGGAUGGAUGGUUCGCAUCACCAAGUUUUUCUGACAAGCAAGACAGUGCUUUGGCCGAAUGGUUUGAGUCUGGACAUUCCCCAGGGAAUCCUGUACUGGGUAGAUGCUUACUACGACCGCAUUGAGUUGGUUUACCUCAACACGUCUGAGCGAAAGGUGGUCUAUGAGGGCCAGGAGCUUAACCAUGCCUUUGGUUUAUGUCAUUACAAACAAUUUCUGUUUUGGAAUGAGUACCGUGGUGGCAGCAUCUACAAACUGGACCAGGUCACAAAGACUGUCACCCUUCUCCGCAAUGAGAGGCCACCCAUUUUUGAGAUCAGGGUGUAUGACGCAUAUCAACAGCAGGGUUCCAACGUGUGUCGAGUUAACAACGGGGGCUGUAGCAGUCUCUGCCUCGCUAUCCCAAAUGGCAGGUCGUGUGGUUGUGCUGAUGAUCAAAUCCUGGAUGUUGAUAAUGUCACCUGCAGAGUCAACCCUUCCUACGUGACCCCGCCUCACUGCCAGCCAGGGGAGUUUGCCUGUAAGAACAACCGCUGCAUCCAAGAGCGUUGGAAGUGUGAUGGGGACAAUGACUGUCUGGACAACAGCGAUGAGGACUCUGAGCAUUGCCAUGAACACACUUGCCCAUCUGACAAAUUUAAAUGCCAGAACAACCGGUGCAUCCCUCUGCGCUGGCUGUGCGACGGCGACAACGACUGUGGCAACGGAGACGAUGAAUCCAACACGACCUGCUCUGCUCGCACGUGCCCACCGAACCAGCACCCUUGUGCCAGCGGGCGCUGCAUCCCCAUCUCUUGGACAUGUGACCUUGAUGAUGACUGCGGGGAUCGCUCAGAUGAACCAGAUUCUUGUGCCUACCCAACAUGCUUCCCUUUGACCCAGUUCACCUGCACCAAUGGCCGCUGCAUCAACAUCAACUGGCGCUGUGACAAUGACAAUGACUGUGGGGAUAACAGCGAUGAAGCAGGUUGUAGCCAUUCUUGCUCCAGUGUCCAGUUCAAAUGUAACAGUGGCCGCUGCAUCCCAGAGUACUGGACCUGUGAUGGUGACAAUGACUGUGGCGACUACAGCGACGAGACUCAUGCCAACUGUACCAACCAGGCUACCCGUCCUCCCGGAGGCUGCCAUGUAGAUGAAUUCCAGUGUCGGCUGGAUGGUUUGUGCAUUCCCAUGCGCUGGCGUUGCGAUGGGGAUACAGACUGUAUGGACCUAAGUGAUGAGAACAACUGUGAGGGUGUGACCCACAUGUGUGACCCAGCAGUCAAGUUCAGCUGCAGAGACUCUGCUCGUUGCAUCAGCAAGGCCUGGGUGUGUGAUGGUGAUAGUGACUGCGAGGACAACUCCGAUGAAGAGAACUGUGAGGCGUUGGUGUGCAAGUUGUCUCACCACAUGUGUGCUACCAACGACUCCAUCUGCCUGCCUGCUGAGAAGCUGUGCGACGGCACUGACGAUUGUCCUGAUGGCUCUGACGAGAAACUUUGUGAUCUGUGUGCAAUAGACAAUGGUGGUUGUAGCCACAACUGCAGCAUCAUUCCAGGGGAGGGGUUCAUGUGUUCGUGCCCCUUGGGUAUGGAGUUGGGAGCGGACAAUAAGACCUGCCAGAUCCAGAGCUUCUGCGCCAAACAUCUCAAGUGUAGCCAGAAUUGUGAGCAGGAGAAAUCCAGCGUUAAGUGCUCAUGUUAUGAUGGCUGGGAGCUGGAGUCUGACAUGGAAAGCUGCAAAAGCACUGAUCCCUUCAAGCCCUUUAUCAUCUUCUCUAACCGCCAUGAGAUCAGAAGGAUUGAUCUUCACAAGGGGGAGUUCAGUGUGCUUGUGCCUGGCCUGAGGAACACAAUCGCCCUGGACUUCCACCUCAACCAGAGUACCCUGUACUGGACCGACGUAGUGGAGGACAAGAUCUACCGUGGAAAACUGUCUGACAAUGGUGCCCUCACCAGUUUUGAAGUGGUGAUCCAGUAUGGCCUGGCUACUCCUGAAGGACUGGCUGUGGAUUGGAUAGCAGGGAACAUCUACUGGGUGGAAAGCAAUUUGGACCAGAUUGAAGUGGCCAAACUGGACGGGAGCAUGAGAAUCACACUGCUGGCUGGGGAAGUGGAGCAUCCCAGAGCCAUUGCCCUGGACCCUCGUGAUGGUAUUCUGUUUUGGACAGAUUGGGAUGCCAGUCUUCCCAGGAUUGAGGCGGCAUCAAUGAGUGGGGAAGGGAGGCGCACCAUCCACAGGGAAACUGGCAGCGGUGGCUGGCCCAAUGGACUCACUGUAGACUACAUGGAGAGACGCAUUGUCUGGAUUGAUGCGAGGUCGGACGCCAUCUACUCUGCUCUGUAUGACGGUUCUGGUCUGAUUGAAAUUUUGCGGGGCCACGAGUAUUUGUCCCACCCGUUUGCUGUUACCAUGUAUGGAGGGGAAGUGUACUGGACUGACUGGAGGACCAACACUCUGGCUAAAGCCAAUAAAUGGACAGGACACAACGUCACCGUUGUCCAGCGCACCAACACCCAGCCCUUUGACUUGCAGGUUUAUCAUCCAUCCAGACAACCCCAGGCUCCCAACCCUUGUGCCACCAGUGAUGGUAAAGGUCCUUGCUCUCACCUGUGUCUCAUCAACUUCAACCAGACCUUUGCCUGUGCAUGCCCUCACCUCAUGAAGCUACAGGCAGACAAACGCACUUGCAAAGAGUCCCGUAAGUUCCUUCUUUAUACACGUCAGGUUGAGAUCCGAGGUGUGGAUAUAGACAACCCCUACUUCAACUACAUCAUCUCCUUCACCAUGCCGGACAUAGACAACGUGACUGUGGUGGACUACGAUGCUGUGGAGCAUCGCAUCUACUGGUCAGAUGUCCGAGCACAGGCAAUAAAGAGAGCUUUCAUCAAUGGCACAGGAGUAGAGACAGUUGUGUCUGCUGAUCUUCCUAAUGUCCAUGGACUUGCAGUAGACUGGGUGUCCAGGAAUCUUUUCUGGACCAGCUAUGAUGCCAAUAAGAAGCAGAUCAAUGUUGCCCGCCUGGAUGGCUCUUUCAAGAAUGCUGUCAUACAAGGCCUAGACAAGCCCCAUUGCCUGGUGGUGCACCCUCUCCUUGGAAAGCUGUACUGGACUGAUGGUGACAACAUAAGCAUGGCUAACAUGGAUGGUAGCAACAGCACCACACUUUUCGCCAAUCAAAAAGGACCAGUAGGGCUCUCUAUUGAUUAUGAAAAAGAGCAACUGUACUGGAUCAGCUCAGGGAACAGUACCAUUAACCACUGUCAGCUGGAUGGAUCUAAACUGGAGGUCCUGGAAGGUGCCAAAGGCAAACUUAACAAGGCAACAGCAUUGGCUAUUAUGGGUGACAAGCUAUGGUGGGCAGACCAAGGAACCGACCACAUCGGAACAUGCGAUAAGAAGAAUGGUGGAAACUGGAAGGUGUUACGAAAAAACACAUCCCCUGUGAUGCACAUGAGGAUAUAUGAUGAGGAGGUGCAGAAAGCUGGCAUCAACCUAUGCAGUAAUAACAAUGGUGACUGCUCCCAGCUGUGUUUGCCUACAUCGCCCACAACCAGGGCAUGCAUGUGCACUGCCGGGUACAGCCUGAAGACCGGGCAGCAGUCCUGUGAAGGUAUGGGCUCUUUCCUGCUGUACUCUGUCCAUGAGGGGAUCAGAGGAAUUCCAUUGGACCCAGCAGACAAAUCGGAUGCCUUGGUUCCAGUGUCUGGCACUUCACUGGCUGUUGGCAUUGACUUCCAUGCUGAGAAUGACACCAUCUACUGGGUGGACAUGGGCCUGAGCACCAUCAGCAGGGCAAAGAGAGAUCAGACAUGGAGAGAAGAUGUGGUGACCAACGGCAUUGGCAGGGUGGAGGGGAUCACAGUUGACUGGAUAGCAGGAAACAUUUACUGGACUGACCAGGGCUUUGAUGUGAUUGAAGUGGCCAGACUCAAUGGCUCCUUCCGCUAUGUGGUCAUUUCUCAGGGUCUAGACAAACCCAGAGCCAUCACAGUCCACCCAGUCAAAGGUUAUCUGUUCUGGACUGAGUGGGGUCAAUACCCCCGUAUCGAGCGUUCUCGGUUGGAUGGUACCCAGAGGUUGGUGUUGGUCGGUGUUAGCAUCAGUUGGCCCAAUGGAAUCUCUGUCGACUAUAAGGAGGGUUUGCUGUAUUGGUGCGAUGCCAGAACAGACAAGAUUGAGCGGAUCAACCUGGAGACUGGAGAGAACAGGGAGGUGGUGCUGGCUACCAACAACAUGGACAUGUUUGCUAUCUCUGUUUUUGAAGAAUACAUCUACUGGAGUGAUCGGACACAUGCCAACGGGUCUAUCAAACGAGGCAACAAGGAUAACGCCACAGAUGCUGUUCAGCUCAGGACGGGCAUCGGUGUGCAGCUCAAAGACAUCAAGGUCUUCAACAGAGCCAGACAACAAGGCACAAACAUCUGCAAAAACAACAACGGUGGCUGUGAACAGCUGUGUCUCUACCGUGGCAAUGGUGCACGCACUUGUGCAUGUGCUCAUGGCAUGCUGGCUGAGGACAACCGUAGCUGCCGUGACUAUGAUGGAUACCUGCUGUACUCGGAGCGGACUAUUCUGAAGAGCGUCCACCUAUCAGAUGAGACCAACCUUAACGCACCAAUCAAACCCUUUGAAGAUCCCGACCACAUGAAGAAUGUCAUAGCCCUCAGCUUUGAUUACCACGGAGGCGGAGGAAAGGGAGCCAACCGCAUCUUCUUCAGCGACAUCCAUUUUGGGAAUAUCCAGCAGAUCAACGAUGAUGGCACAGACAGAAAGAUUGUGGUGGACAAUGUUGGGUCAGUUGAGGGCCUGGCGUACCACCGUGGUUGGGAUACACUCUACUGGACAAGUUAUACAACCUCCACCAUCACUCGUCAGACUGUGGACCAGAGCCGCUCUGCCGCAUAUAACCGCAACACUGUGGUCACAAUGUCUGGGGAAGACCACCCAAGAGCCUUUGUACUGGAUGAGUGUCAGGAUCUAAUGUUCUGGACUAACUGGAAUGAGCAGGCCCCCAGUAUCAUGAGAGCUUCCUUGAAUGGAGCCAAUGUGCUUGUGAUCAUUGGCAGUCACAUUAAAACUCCGAAUGGCCUCGCCAUCGACCAUCGAGCUGAAAAACUCUACUUUUCUGAUGCUACAUUGGACAAGAUUGAACGCUGUGAAUACGACGGAAGCAGCCGCUAUGUUUUGUUGAAGAAUGAGCCUGUCCACCCAUUUGGUCUGGCGGUUUAUGGUGACUACAUAUUCUGGACUGACUGGGUGAGGAGGGCUGUUCUCAGAGCCGACAAAUACACGGGAGGAGAUAUGAAGGUGCUGCGCGCCGACAUACCUCAGCAGCCAAUGGGCAUCAUCGCUGUGGCUAACGACACCAACAGCUGUGAGUUUUCUCCUUGCCGAACAAAUAACGGAGGCUGCCAAGACCUGUGUCUGCCCACAUCCGACGGACGCGUAAACUGCAGUUGUCGUGGAGAGAGACAGCUUUUAGAGGACAACACCUGUUCUUCACUGAAUGUGUCAUGUGGAAGUGUGGAUGACUUUGAGUGUGGCAACGGUGACUGCAUCAACUACAGCCUGACCUGCGAUGGUAUGGCCCACUGUAAGGACAAGUCUGAUGAGAAGCAGUCAUACUGCGCCAAUCGUCUUUGUAAGAAAGGCUACAGACGCUGCAUAAAUGGCCGCUGCAUUGGCCACCAGUUCUGGUGUGAUGGUACUGAUGACUGUGGUGACCACUCAGAUGAACUGCCUUGCAAUAUAACUGUGUGUAAAGUGGGAGAGUUUCAGUGCAAAGACGGAAGCUGCAUCUCCAACUAUAGCCGCUGUGACCAAGUGGUCAACUGUGAGGACGCGAGCGAUGAAAUGAACUGUCAACCUACUGACUGCUCCCGUUUCUUCCGUCUGGGGGUGAAAGGAGCUUCCUUCCAGAGCUGUGAGAAAACCACCCUCUGCUAUCUGUCCUCAUGGGUGUGUGAUGGUAACAACGACUGUGGAGACUUUUCCGAUGAGAGAAACUGCCCAGACAAAAGAAAGCUCAAGUGUCCAGUCAACUUCUUUGCAUGUCCCAGCGGUCGCUGCAUUCCUAUGAGUUGGACAUGUGACAAGGAGAAUGACUGUGAGAACGGCGCUGAUGAGACUCACUGCGACAAAUUUUGUACGUCCACUCAGUUUGAGUGUAAAAACCACCGCUGCAUUUCCAGCCACUGGGUGUGUGAUGGCUCUGAUGACUGUGGUGACGGCUCUGAUGAGGACCAGCAGUGCAAAUCCAAGACCUGUAGUCCUGAGGCAUUCCAGUGCCCGGGUUCCAACAUGUGUGUGCCUCAACGCUGGAAGUGCGACGGAGACAAAGACUGUCCUGAUGGAGCUGAUGAGAGUGUGAAGGCUGGCUGCAUGUACACAAACAGCACGUGUGAUGUCGAGAAUGAGUUCAUGUGCCAAAACAGACAGUGUAUUCCCAAGCACUUCGUGUGCGAUCAUGACAUUGACUGCUCUGAUGGCUCAGAUGAGUCCCUAGAAUGUGAAUACCCAACGUGUGGUCCAGAUGAGUUCCGCUGUGCCAAUGGUCGCUGCCUCAACCAGAAGAAAUGGGAGUGUGAUGGAGAGUUUGACUGUCAGGAUCGCUCUGAUGAAGCCCCCAAGAACCCUCGUUGUACUGACUCAGAGAAGACGUGUAAUGAGUCGGCCUUUACGUGCCAUAACGGAAAGUGUUUGAAUGAGACUCUGCUGUGUGACCGUAAUGACGACUGUGGAGACGGCUCCGAUGAACUCAACUGCUUCAUCAAUGAGUGUCUGAACAGUAAGCUGAGCGGCUGCUCACAGCUCUGUGAUGACCUCAAGAUUGGCUUUAAGUGCAGGUGUCACCCUGGUUUCCAGCUGAAGCGGGAUGGGAAAACGUGUGUGGAUAUAGACGAGUGCACAACUACCUACCCCUGCUCUCAGCGCUGCAUCAACACACAUGGCAGCUUCCACUGCCUGUGUGUGGAUGGCUUUGAACUUAGCCCCAAUGAUCCCACCAUCUGCAAGUCCACAUCAGAAGAGGAGCCGUACCUCAUCUUUGCUAAUCGUUACUAUUUGAGAAAACUCAACCUGGAUGGUUCCAACUAUACUCUCAUAAAACAGGGUCUGAACAAUGCAGUUGCGCUAGACUUUCACUAUGCAGAACAGAUGAUCUACUGGACAGAUGUGACUACCCAAGGCAGCAUGAUCCGACGUAUGCGAAUGAAUGGCAGCAACAUGGAGGUAUUACAUCGGACCUCCCUGAGUAACCCGGAUGGUUUAGCAGUGGACUGGGUAGGUGGGAACCUUUACUGGUGUGAUAAGGGCCGGGACACCAUUGAGGUGUCAAAACUCAACGGUGCCUAUCGGACAGUUUUGGUGAACAAUGGCUUGAAGGAACCACGUGCUGUGGCUGUGGAUGUACGCAACGGGUAUCUCUAUUGGUCUGACUGGGGCGACAGUCCCCAUAUUGGGAGAAUUGGGAUGGACGGCACCAACCGAAGUGUCAUCAUAGAGGAUAAGAUCACCUGGCCCAAUGGACUUACACUGGACUUCAUCAAUGAUCGGAUAUAUUGGGCUGAUGCCCGGGAAGACUACAUUGAGUUUGCUAGUCUGGAUGGGACCGGCAGACACACAGUUCUCAACCAAGAUAUCCCCCACAUCUUUGCUAUGACACUGUUUGAGGAGUACAUCUACUGGACCGACUGGGAGACAAAGUCCAUCAACAGGGCUCAUAAGAGUCUAGGCACCAACAAGUCCACUUUGAUCAGCACACUGCACCGGCCGAUGGACAUCCACAUUUUCCACCCCUACAGACAACCUGAAGUGUUCAAUCAUUCAUGCCAGACGAACAACGGGGGCUGCAGUAACCUCUGCCUCCUUUCUCCUGGAGGAGGUUACAAGUGCGCCUGUCCCACCAACUUCUACCUGGCCAACAAUCAGCGCACUUGCAUGUCUAACUGUACCGCCAGCCAGUUUGUGUGCAAGAAUGACAAGUGCAUUCCAUUCUGGUGGAAAUGCGACACAGAGGAUGAUUGUGGUGACCGGUCAGAUGAGCCGGCUGACUGCCCGGAAUUCAAGUGCAGGCCGGGGCAGUUUCAGUGUGGUACUGGCAUCUGCACCAACCCUGCCUACAUCUGUGACGGAGACAACGAUUGCCAGGACAACUCAGAUGAAGCCAACUGUGACAUUCACGUUUGUCUACCAAGCCAGUUCAAAUGUUCCCACCCGAGCCGCUGCAUUCCAGGAAUCUUCCGUUGUAAUGGGCAGGACAACUGUGGAGAAGGAGAGGAUGAGAAGGACUGUCCCGAGGUCACAUGUGCUCCCACUCAGUUCCAGUGCGCCAUCACCAAACGAUGCAUUCCUCGCGUCUGGGUGUGUGACCGUGAUAAUGACUGUGUUGAUGGAUCUGAUGAACCUGCCAACUGCACCCAGAUGACUUGUGGAGUAGAUGAGUUUCGUUGUAAAGACUCUGGACGCUGCAUCCCUGCUCGCUGGAAGUGCGACAGUGAGGAUGACUGCGGCGAUGCAUCAGAUGAACCAAAAGAAGAGUGUGCUGAGAGAACAUGUGAGCCGUACCAGUUCCGAUGUAAGAACAACCGCUGUGUCCCGGGCCGCUGGCAGUGUGACUAUGACAAUGACUGUGGGGACAACUCUGAUGAAGACAAUUGUGUCCCCCGACAAUGUUCAGAGAGUGAGUUUGCGUGCACUAAUGGCCGCUGUAUUGCCGGGAGAUGGAAGUGUGAUGGAGACCAUGACUGCGCUGAUGGAUCAGAUGAGCAUGACUGUGACCUCAAGUGUGAUAAUGACCAGUUCCAGUGUAAGAACGGUCACUGUAUCCCAAUCCGCUGGCGGUGCGACGCUGAUGCAGACUGCAUGGAUGGCAGUGACGAGGAGAAUUGUGGAACUGCUGCGGAGCGUCACUGCCCUCUGGAUGAGUUCCAGUGUAACAACACUUUGUGCAAACCCCUCGCUUGGAAGUGUGACGGAGAGGACGACUGCGGAGACAACUCUGAUGAGAACCCUGAGGAAUGCAGGAAGUUCCAGUGUCCACCCACUAGGGCUUUCCGCUGUCGAAACGACCGUGUGUGUUUGCAGAUCUCAAAGCGAUGUGAUGGCGUGAACAACUGCGGCGACGGUUCUGAUGAGCUGGCCUGCCCGGUCACUCCAGCUGUUCCCACAUGUGAGAAGGAUGAGUUCUUGUGUGCUAAUGGCAGGUGCAUUAGCUCCACCUUGCGCUGCAACUUUUUCAAUGACUGCGAGGACUACGGCUCUGAUGAGAUCAGCUGCAAGACAGACGCCAAACUGAACGACUGCAGGAGCAACAGGACUCAGUGUGGAGAUGGAGACGAGGCACAUUGUUUCAUCAACGGCACAGACUCCUUCUGCUCCUGCAAACCGGGUUUCCGCAAAACAGGGCAUCACACCUGUGGAGAUAAGAAUGAGUGUCGGCAGUUUGGUGUGUGUUCCCACAUCUGCAACAACACCAAAGGUUCCUACAAGUGCAGCUGCCAUAAAUACUUCACCAGGAUCAAUGACACCUGCAAAGCUGACAGCAUGAACAGCAGUCGACAAAUUCUCUACAUUGCUGAUGACAAUGAAAUUCGCAGCCUGGACCCCGGCAUGCCUAACUGGCGCUAUGAGCAGACCUUCCAAGGCGAUGCCAGCGUUCGGAUAGAUGCAAUGGACCUCCACGUUAAGACCAACCGUAUCUUCUGGACCAACUGGCACACUGGACGCAUCUCCUCCUAUGAACUUCCAGGUCCAUCUACAUCCUCCUCUUCAGGGACGUCAUCUAACUCACACCGCAACCGGCGGCAGAGCGAGGGCAGGAUCACUAACCUGCAGAUCAAAGAGCUAAAGAUGCCCCGUGGUAUCGCAGUGGACUGGGUUGCUGGUAACCUGUACUGGACAGACUCUGGACGAGAUGUCAUUGAAGUGGCUCAGAUGUCAGGCCAGAAUUGCAAGACCAUCAUCUCUGGCAUGAUCGAUGAGCCUUAUGCCAUUGUUGUAGAUCCACAGAGGGGUACAAUGUACUGGGCAGACUGGGGAAACCAUCCUAAAAUUGAGACCGCUGCCAUGGACGGCACUUUGAGACAAACGCUUGUGCACGAGAACAUCCAGUGGCCCACAGGUUUGGCUGUGGAUUACUUCAACGAGCGUCUGUACUGGGCAGAUGCUAAACUCUCAGUCAUCGGCAGUGUUCGUCUGGACGGUUCUGACCCUGUCGUUGCCAUUUCUGGCAUCAAAAACAACCUCCUCCAUCCAUUUAGUAUCGAUAUCUUUGAGGACUACAUAUAUGGGGUCACAUAUGUCAACAACAUCGUUUUCCGUGUCAACAAGUUUGGCAAAGGCCACACAGAAAAUCUCACCACAGGCAUCAACCACGCGACCGACAUCGUCCUGUACCACCGCUACAAGCAACCGGAAAUGACAAACCCAUGUGACAGGAAGAAGUGUGAGUGGUUGUGUCUGCUCAGCCCCAGUGGACCAGUGUGCACGUGUCCGAACAACUACGUUGCCGACAACGGGACAUGUGUGGAGAGACAGAGUCCCACACAGUCACCAUUCUCGCCCCCUACGGGCUCCUGUGAUAUUCAGUGUCAGAACGGCGGGAGCUGUUUCCUUAACGCCCGUCAGGUGCCAAAGUGUCGCUGCCAGCCCAGCUACACCGGCGAGAGAUGCGAGAUCAACCAGUGCAGAGACUACUGCAAAAACGGGGGCACGUGCACGGCUUCUCACACAGGUGCUCCGACUUGCCGAUGCCUAAAGGGAUUCACGGGGCCCAGCUGUAAUCGCCAAACCUGUCUGGACUACUGCCUGAAUGAAGGAAACUGUUCAGUCAACGCGGGCAACCAGCCGACUUGUAGCUGCCCACCAAACUACGAGGGAGACCAGUGCCAGUACAGUAAAUGUGAGGGUUUCUGUCAGAACGGUGGAACCUGCUUACAGACCUCCAACGGCACCAAGCUGUGUCAGUGUCCUAAUCAGUACAUUGGACAGCAGUGUGAGCUGGACAAAUGUCUGUUCUGUGGAACAGGCAAGUGCUUGACGUCAUCCUCAGGGCAGGUUUCCUGCAGCUGUCCCAAUGGUCAGACCCAGCCAAGCUGUUAUUCCUGUUUGGACUACUGCACUAAUGGACAGUGUUCCGUGGACACACGUACACUUCUGCCUCAGUGCAGGUGUCCUGCAAGCUGGAGUGGAUACAGAUGUGAAGUUGCUGUUGCAUCUGUAGAUGAGUCAACUUCCAGCAGAAGUGCUACCUCCAUUGUGAUCCCCAUCCUCCUGCUGCUGUUAUUGGCAUUGCUGGUGAUGGGUGCCAUCUGGUGGUACAAACGGAGAAUGCAAGGUGCCAAGGGGUUCCAACACCACCGAAUGACUAAUGGAGCCAUGAACGUGGAGAUUGGGAACCCUGCCUAUAAGAUUUAUGAAGGAGACCCUGAUGAUGAUGCUGGAGAGCUCCUGGUUUCAGACUUUGCUUUGGAUCCAGAUAAGCCCACCAACUUUACCAACCCUGUGUACGCUACCCUGUACAUGGGCGCCCAAAACAGCCGCAACUCUCUGGCCAGCACAGAUGAAAAGAAGGAGCUUCUCUCCCAGGGCGAAGACGACGUGAGCGACCCGCUGGCGUAGAGCUCGGCGUGGAUUGAACUCUGCCAACGCUGCCUGACCCAGUGCUGAGCCAACACGCUCUCUCAUCUUAUGCCUUUACCAACUAGAAUGAAAAGCAACAAAAAGGGGAAAAAAACACGAGAACACUGUAUAAAAUGUAUAAAAUGAAGGACUACUUUUUUAUGUGAUUGCAGUAUUAUAUUUUGUUCUUGGACAAAAAAAAAAUCCUCUGGUGACAAACAGGAAGCAUUUUAUAGACAUUUAUUCAGUUCAGUUUAAUUUCGCUCACAGCGCUCCCUCCCCCUCGCGCAUAUAGCCACUACCUCUGUGCAAAUGUAAACGAUAAGAGACGCCAGUGGAACAGUUUUACUUUAUUUUUUUUCUGUCAUCUUAGGGGGAGGAGAAAAAGACUUCUUGUUUCAUCCUUAACCAUUGUCGUCAAUGAGAGUGAGGCGUCUGUGCCGACUACGGCGGCUUCGUAGGUGCCGGUUCGACUAGCUCGUUCACCUUUUGGGUAAAUGUGCGUUUGCUGCUGGAAGGAAAUGAGGAGGCGUUUAAGUGUGCACGUGCACACGCCGAGGACUCGGCACCAUGGAGAGUGUCUGUUGUGUCGUCUCGAACUGCAUUCAAGUGAUUGUCUUCUAGCUCCUUGCACAGACUAAAGUUAUAUAUUUGCAUAUAUAUAAACCUAUAACACAGUGUCUUGAAAAUAUACCCGGGAAUACAAACACCAGUAACAAAUGGCAGUCUGUACUUUUUAAGUUUUUUUUGUUUGUUUUUAAUCAUUGUGUAAUUGACAUGCUUUGAGUCAGCAGUGAGUCGGUGCAUCGUCUGAGUGCGCUGGAUGAAAAUGAUUGUAUUCAAGUCCACAUUCCGGGAUAAAAGGUCCAGGAUGGGUGUCCGUGGCCUUCGUUUUGCCGAUUUCAAGAUUUGUGCUGAAAGUGUUCUAGAAAGUUCUUCUGAGAAAGACAACAAAGCCUCUGUGAAGAUCCAGUUAUCACUGAAAACAGUGUUUUGUUCCUCGUCUUUGAUUGUAAAUACUUUCAGGAAAGGCGAGCGUCGAAUGGUACGUACGUCUGUGGGAAACUUUUUUGUUUUUGUGUGUAAUUACAUGGAUGUGUAAUUUAGGUUGAUGCUCGUCGUUUGUGUGGAUUCCUCCAGAAGGAGCUCGAUCAGCCUUCCCAGUAAAGCAUUCCUUUGUUAGCUUCCUUACCUUGCUGCUAACGCUAACCAUCAUUCUGUUAGCCUUGUUUUUUGUUUGUUUUUAGACCGUUUUUGUUCGCUCCGUGUCACGCUGCUGUUUUUAACUGAGGUUAUCGGCCAUAUCAUUCUGCACGGUGCUCACACACACAUACACACACGUAUAUAUUACAGCUUCACCCUUCUUAACAGUAUUCAUCAGUUUUGUUUUUAAUCCUCCGGUUUUUCAUAUCACCCAUGUAAAUUGGAACAAUUUUUUUGGGUUGGAGAAGUUAAUUUGGUGGCAAACACCCACAUGGAUUUUGUGGUUCAGAUUGUUUUGUUAUCCCGUUUCUUUUUGAUAUAAGAAAUUAAAUGGAUUUUUAUAGUAGAAAUGUAUGGUGGCUCCGUCUUUCAUUUGGAGAGAUAACAAAGCAGAUUUCAUGCUGGAUCAGAAAUUAACAUUUCUAAAACUCUGAAUAAAAAUGCAGAAAGUGUU